AUGAAGAACUCAAAGUGUUGUGUUGUCGUAGUGUUCUUGGCUUUGUUUUCCUUGUACGUCUCUGCGACGGAUCCAGGGUCUCUGCAAGAUUUUUGUGUCGCCGCUAAAAAUCCUAAUAAUGCUGUGUUCUUGGCUUUGUUUUCCUUGUACGUCUCUGCGACGGAUCCAGGGUCUCUGCAAGAUUUUUGUGUCGCCGCUAAAAAUCCUAAUAAUGCUGUGUUUGUGAAUGGGUUAUUCCGCAAAGACCCAAAGCUUGCUGUUGCCGAAGAUUUUUACCUAGCAAAUUUUAAUAAACCUGGAGUUAUUAAGAGCCCGGUUGGUUCAAAUGUAACACAAGUUAAUGUUGCUCAAAUUCCUGGCCUAAACACGCUCGGCAUCUCCAUGGCCCGUAUCGAUUAUGCACCUAUGGGCCUUAACCCACCACACACGCACCCAAGAGCUACCGAGAUUUUAGUCGUUUUGGAAGGUACUCUUCAUGUCGGAUUCGUCACAUCAAAUCCAGAGAACAAGCUCUUCACAAAGGUGCUUUACAAGGGAGAUGUAUUUGUAUUCCCUGUCGGACUGAUUCAUUUUCAAGCGAAUGUGGGAAAAACCCCAGCUGUUGCUAUUGCCGCACUAAGUAGCCAAAACCCUGGCGUAAUUACUAUCGCCAAUGCCGUUUAUGGAUCAAAAGAAUCCAUUAAUGAUGAUGUUUUCGCAAAGGCUUUUCAAGUUGACAAGAAAGUGGUUGAUUAUCUCCGGUCUCAGUUUUGGAUGGAAAACUAA